AAUUAUACGAAUAAAAUGAUAGAAGGCCUCAAAGUGAUAAAUUCUCCAGUCAGCAUAAAUUUGCUGAAACGUGCCCGAAAGACGGAUUUUAGUAGUCUCGCCUACACAAUAACGAAUUCAUUGAUAUUAAGUAGUCACUUUUGCGGAAAUACAAGGUGAAGAAUUUUGAAUCGAGCACGUGACGAAAUUACAAGUGAUAUGUGUUGAAUGUCAAAAAAGAAGAUAAGUUAAAUUGCGUGAGAAUUUUUAAGUUACUUGAAGUGGAUUAAGUGGACCUGGAGAAAAAUGGACCUGAAUGAUAACCUCGGCUCGUACGUCACUGACUGCCAUACUCAAGGGACACCUUCGCCCAUUAGUGAAUAAAAUUCGACCACACAAUUUUAAUUCGAAUUUUCUUUGUCUAUGAGAAGGUUUUCGUAGGCACAUCCCCACCAUAACAUAGGGGUAUAUAAUGAUUCCAUAGGGGUAGGGCAGUAGGUAGAGGGAAUGAAACACAAAGGUCAAUGACUAAUCCGAGCCUAGCAAUAGAGACGCUCACGACUUGUUGAAAUAUUAGUUGAUGUUACCAGGCUAGAAACGAUAGUUCAGAUAGAAAACGUCAUGUACGUAACGAAGAAAGUGUGCGGACGUUUGACAGAAGCCAUAUUUUCCGCCACACGAGCCUGUUCCGAGGCUGUGCGUGAUUUUCGGGACAUACCCUCGCCCAGGGGUUUACCGAUAAUCGGUACAAGAUUGGCAAUCCUGGCAGCAGGGUCAUCGAAAUAUAUACACGAGUACAUCGAUAAGAGGCAUAGAGAAUUGGGUCCUAUAUACCGUGAAAGGCUGGGUCCCAUAACGGGAGUUUUCGUCGCCGAACCAGAUUCCAUUCGAAGCAUUUUCUCACAAGAAGGAAAACAUCCAAUCCACAUCAUCCCCCAAUCGUGGACUGUCUAUAAUAAGAAGCACAAUUACACUAGGGGGUUGUUCUUCAUGAACGGUCCAGAAUGGUUGGAACAUAGGAGAAUUAUGAACAACUUGUUGCUCAAAGGAGAUUUAACAUGGAUGGAAGAGGCUGCUGAUGCUGUCAUCACGAAUUUCGUGGAAGAUUUGAAAGGGAAUGUCAUUACAGUUGAAACGUUGGACCGUGAACUGUACAAAGCUUUUCUUGAGGUACUAGUAAGUGUGUUGUUAGGUGCAGAUACUUACAAGAAGUAUAAGACUAACAUUAAUACGCUAGUGAACGAGCUGACAGACACAGUGCAGUUAGUAUUCGAGACAACGAUGAAACUCGAGAUGAUAAACGCAGAGUGGGCUGAGAAACUUGGGCUGAGUAGGUGGAAAAUUUUCGAAACUGCUAUGUCGGAGGCAUUAACUGGUGCUGAGCAAAUCUUGGACACAUUGACUGAAGAAUGUGGAUAUGGUAACGGUUUGUUGAGGAGAAUGAGGGAUCACAAUGUUCACGUGGAGCGUAUAAACGCCAUUGUGGCAGAUUUGUUUUUGGCCGCAGGAGAUACAACUGCCUACACAAUGCAGUGGAUUCUAUACUUGGUGUCAAAAAACAAGCAUGUGCAGGAUAAAAUCCGGAGUGAACUGACUAACCCAGGGUCAAACUACACCAAGCACGUUUUGAAAGAAACUCUGAGGCUCUAUCCCGUGGCACCGUUCCUAACUAGGUUCUUGCCCCACGAGUCUCAAAUUUCUGGGUACAAAAUACCAGAGAAUUCCUUGAUAAUCAUGUCGAUAUACAGCACGGGAAGAAACGAGAAGUACUUCGAGAACCCCCUGGAAUUUAUUCCAGAACGUUGGGAUAGGGCGAAUAAGAGUAUGGUGACGAAACAGGCUAGUUUACCUUUUGCCAUGGGGUCCAGGUCUUGCGUGGGCAAGAAGCUGGCCGAAUACGAGCUUCACUUGAUGCUUUUACGACUGGUGGAAAAUUUCCAUCUAGACCUAUGUAAUACAAAUGAUGUCCACAUGGUGAUGAAAAUGAUUGCUGCACCCUCCGAACCUAUCAGACUUAGAUUGAGGAGGAUCCGUUGACAAUUUUUAAUGUUUUCUUGUUGUUGUUGUACAGAAGUAUUUAUGUAUUUAUAAGUUUUGUUUUGAUAACUUGACUAAGUGAAAUACGAAAUUGGUACAAAUUGGGCCACACUGGCUGAAAGAUUUGCAUCAUAAUAAAUAGGUUAUUUAACA